GCCAAAACCAAAAUCGAAAUGAGCAUUGUUAUUGAAUACUAGUGUUAACACUUUUAGACAUAUCAUCUUGUAAUUGGCUAAUAAUAAAUUAUACGAGACCCAAUACUUAAUUGAAUCAAUAACAAUAUCAUUUCUCAAUCCAAAUUUAUGUUACUACUUACUAGUACUGAUCAGUAAAUAGUGAUGACAUAUCACAGCUACUCUCUCUCCUAUUUAUUCCAAUUCUGAAUAAUAAUACACUCGUUACUUCCCAUCACACACACACAACUAGGAAGAAAGACACUUCUUCUCUUUCUUUCUUUGUUUAGUUUCUUCUCUUCUUCUUCUUCUUUCUUUUGAUUUUUAUUUUUAAGGGGCUAAUUAUUACAGGUAGCUUAUGGUUAUGGCAGCAAGAGUAGUGGUAGUACAGAUCUUGGCCGUUUGUUUGGUCAGCUUUUUUCUGUUUGGGACACCUGUUAGUAGUAAUGGUGGAGUAGAUAUAGAGCCAAACAAAGGAAUAGAAGAGGAAAAUGAAGAAGGUGAUCGGAUUAAGGCACUUCCUGGUCAGCCAAAGGUCACUUUUGACCAAUUUUCAGGGUAUGUUACCGUUAAUCAAGUGGCUGGUAGAGCACUCUUUUACUGGCUCACUGAGGCUCUUCAUAAACCCUUGUCUAAACCUCUCGUCAUUUGGCUCAACGGAGGACCGGGUUGUUCAUCUGUGGCAUAUGGUGCAUCUGAAGAAAUAGGGCCAUUUAGAAUAAAUAAAAAAGCCUCAGGACUAAAUCUAAACAAGUUUUCAUGGAACACCGUCGCCAACCUCUUGUUCUUGGAAACUCCCGCCGGUGUUGGCUUUUCUUACACCAACCGCUCCUCCGAUCUCUUCGAUACUGGAGACCGCCGCACCGCAAAGGACUCACUACAAUUUCUUAUCCGAUGGCUGGAUCGAUUUCCACGAUAUAAAAGGAGAGAAAUAUAUCUAACCGGAGAAAGCUACGCCGGUCAUUAUGUGCCUCAAUUAGCUAGAGAAAUCAUGUUGUACAACAAACAGUCCAAGCACCCAAUUAAUCUAAGAGGAAUAAUGGUGGGAAAUGCAGUGACAGACAACUACUAUGAUAACGUAGGGACAGUAACGUAUUGGUGGAGCCAUGCGAUGAUAUCUGAUAAAACCUACAAACAGUUAAUAAACACGUGUGACUUUCGCCGACAAAAAGAGUCAGACGAGUGUGAAACUCUAUACAGUUACGCCAUGGAUAAGGAGUUUGGUAACAUUGACCAGUACAACAUUUAUGCUCCUCCAUGUAACAACUCCGAUGGUAGCACCAUCACCACCACCACCACUCGCCAAUCCACUAUGCGUUUGCCUCAUCGACCCCAUUCAUCCAUUAAGUUCCGGAGGCAGUUGUCUGGGUAUGAUCCUUGUACGGAGAAGUAUGCUGAGAUUUACUACAAUAGGCCUGAUGUGCAGAGGGCACUUCAUGCUAACUUUACAAAAAUUCCUUAUAAAUGGACUGCUUGCAGUGAGGUUUUGAAUAGGAAUUGGAACGAUACCGAAGUAUCUGUUCUUCCUAUUUACAAAGAAAUGAUAGCUGCUGGUUUGAGAGUUUGGGUUUUCAGUGGGGACGUGGAUUCAGUGGUGCCAGUUACAGCCACAAGAUUCUCCCUAGCACGACUCAAAUUAUCUACCAAAAUUCCAUGGUACCCUUGGUAUGUCAAGAAGCAGGUGGGAGGGUGGACAGAAGUAUAUGAAGGGUUGACAUUUGCAACAGUGAGAGGAGCUGGCCAUGAAGUCCCACUUUUCAAGCCAAGAGCAGCUCUUCAGCUAUUUACAUCAUUUAUUGAAGGGAAACCCCUUCCCAAGUAGUUGUAGUCAUCAAACCAAAACCAAACCAAAUUAUCAAUCAAUUAAUUAUUGAAGAAAAAUCAAACAAUAUUUGAUUAUUAAUCUCUUCUCGGUUAAUUAAUUUGUAGUUUUAAAGUACGUAGAGAAAUUAAAUUGAGAAAAGAACAAAUAUAUAAAUAUAUAUAUUGAUUGUGUGAUACAAAAA